UCUUUACAGAGAAGAUGAAGAACUCUCUGCUCGCAGCUAUCUUUUUGCUUUUCAGAGCUUGGUGCCGCUGCGCAGACUGGGAAUCUUCGUUCUGCCGGCAUCUGCCAGACUGGGACAAUGAAUUGGUGUGCUACACAGAAUUAAAUGAGGAUUUAACCUGCACCUGGCUGCCAGUACCUAACACUCCAAACACUGUUAAUUAUACCGUGUACUUAAAAUGGAACAAAAUACGAAAAGUUUUUCGACGAAACACAUCAUUGCCUUCCAUCACAAUAGAACGAAAGAAUCUCUACAUUGAGCGAUUUGCAUCUGUCUGGAUAGCAGUGAAUUAUGCUCAUGACACCUGUGCAAAAGGAAAGAACAUCUCAGUGCUACCAAGCAAAGCAGGAAAAUGCUUGUCACCAUCUAACAUAAAUGCUUAUCAGAUCACAAAUCAAUUGAUAAUAAAGUGGGACYUGCCUUCGACUCCUACAGCGUAUGAGCUGAGAUACAGAGAGGYACUCACAGAAUCCACUCUGUGGACACUGAUGCCUGUUCAAAGCAAUGCUGUCAAUAUCACCAUUUCAAAUAUAAAUGCUACGUCUUCCUACAUUGUUCAGCUCAGAUGCAUAACCAAGGAUGAUCUCAACUGUGUUUGCGUUUGGAGCAAAGAAAUUUUGGUCCCUCACAAACUCAUCAGCAAGCCAAGAAUAUCAUAUAAUGUAACUACUCAAGCCUCUCCAGGAAGGAGGACUGUUCUUCUGARGUGGGAGGUAGCACAAAGUGAGAAUGUCCUUGGAUAUUUUGUUGAUGUGGAAAGAAUACCCAACAGCUGCAGCAACUCACCAAAUCGCAUCUCUCUCAAUGACAGGAAAAUUCUUGUAAAUCUCUCCAUGGCUUACUAUAGAGUUAAUAUUUCUGCCUAUAAUGAAGUGGGAGAAUCUCCACAAGCCAUCUAUAUUGUCCCAGAAUUCUCUGGAGCAGACUUACCUGGUCAAAUCCAUGUCAAAAGCCAUGGAAGUAUUGCAGUUGUCACGUGGACUCCAGAAUACAAUCCAAAAUGUUUUGUGGUUGACUGGGGCAGCGGGAAAGAGGAUAUGCACAUGAAAAUAAUAACUACGACUACUGGAAAUUUCACAUUAGACAAUUUUCAGCCAUAUAAGUUGUACAAAAUAAUGGUACACGCAUCUGAUAUGUGUCAGUGUGAAAGUUUCAUAAGACACGAAAAGACUUUUGGAGUGACCCACUUUUACUCCGUUGAAGGAGUUCCUAGGACAGGUCCUGCUAAUGUGACAAUUCUGAAUAUUACAAAGCAUUCUGCACUUGUGAAGUGGACUGAAAUAGCUGCAGAAGACCGUUUGGGCUUUCUCCAAGGAUACAGGGUCAGUUACACAGAUUCAUCAAGGAAAAGGUCUCCAGCUGUUACUCUCAACUCUUCUGCCACAAGUUACCUUCUUACCAGCCUGAAGGAAAAGACCACCUACCAUGUGCAGAUUUCAGGAUUCACGAAUGCUGGAGAAGGACCUGUGACUCUUUCACAACCUUUCAGGACUCCAAAAUAUGAUAAAGGAGAAUUUGAAGGUUUUGUGAUUGGCCUUUGCUUCAGCAUGGUACUCAUUCUGAUUUUUGCACCUCUCACUUGCUCUCUAGUGCUUAAAAGGCUGAAAAUAUCAUACUGGCCCAGUGUACCAAGCCCAACAAACAGCAGUGCACUCCAAGAUAUGACUAAUUGGAAACCUGUUUCAAGGUCACUGCUUCAGRCUCUGUCAGACAAUGACACCACCAGCCUUUUUGUCAUAGAGCACGAGUUGAAGGCUCCUCUGACUUUAGACCUUUUCACAGAUGGUGAAGACAGCCAGCAUGACACUUGCAGGUUGGAAAAACCUAGCAAUGACACAGACAUAAGCCUGAGGCAUGAGGAAAUCCCUGCAGAAGCAGUUACAAGUGAAGAAGACAUCAUUUCUACUGAAGUACCGCUCUUGAGUGACUAUGCCAGCAUGGAGGUCAGCCAGAAAGCCCUGAUGGGUCUGGCAGUGAGCAUGCCUGAGAGAGCUGCUCAUCCUCAUCUGGACAUGGAACUGAGCAGCAAGCCAGCACAAACUGUGCAUAAGCUUUUGUUUGCUUCCCAGGACUACCUCAAACAAAGCCAGGUAGUAGUUUUGUCAUCUGGACCAACUUUAAUGAAGCAAGUCAAUUAAAACUGAAGCAUCUUCAUAAUUUUCCUUACCAUAAAACCAAGUUCUAAAAUGUUGGUGGAGCCACAAGGACCAUAUGGAACAGUGAGCUUGUGAUAAUCUYCACUACAAAAGACUCCUUGGUGAAAUAGAUCGAUUAUUCAAUUAGAUUAGAUCAUCACAAUCAUUUUGUUGAAAGUCCUACCAUCUUCACAGAGGCAAAACUUUCAGAGAAUUAUAUGAGAAAUCCUUCAAGAUACCUCUUGCUUGGUAUUUUGUCCCAGGGCACUCAGGAUCCAUUCAAGGCUUCCAAUCUAAGCACAAUGCCAUUGUAGAUAUCAGGAAAAUUCUUUACUCACUACGACCAGCUUAAGAUCUUGUUUUCAGAUCUCAGAAGCUCUUCAGCAAAAAAAAAAAAAUUCAGCAGAAGUACCUACUACUCCAAAGAAGCUCUCCAGYUGGUCAAAGCUGGCCAAAGAAAUUAGUGCAAAUCUUUGAUAGGAAUCAAAAAUUCUCUUUAUUGAUCUAGGUGAGGCACAAUUAAGUGCUUUACACCCUAGAACUUUGCAGCUUUUGUCAUUGCAGAUAAAUAAUGCUGUGUAAGUGAAGACCAUAAUAAGUUUCAUUAACAGUAUUGGAGUUACUUGCAUUAAAUUAAGGCURUUUCCUCCUAUAAUUCCCUACACAUUCAGAAAAACCCAUCCAUGUUUUGUGAUGAGGUGUUGCUGCAGAUACGUUUUCCCACUGCAUGCCAUGACAAUAAGCGUUAAACAGACUUCAGGAGCUGAACAGAUAGUUCACUUAGUCACUGCUCCAAGGAUUGCAUGGAAGGGAGCCACUGGAAUACAGGGGAUGAAAGGRUGCUCCUCAAGAUGCUCUAGGCAGCUCUGUCAUGGAUCUCCACAACGCAGGGAGUCGGAACCCUUUUCUGGCUAACAAGGAUUUCUCAGUCAUGAACUCUGCAGGUAUUAAUGGCCCGCACUUAUUGUAAAAAAACCCAAUUUAUUGUUGUUUCCUYGAUUUUCAAGAGCAUUUCAUUAAAAUUGCUUUGUGGAGAAAUAAAUUGAUGAACUGCAUCCUAAGCAUCAGAUUUCCCUAGAUGGACACUUUAAAAAAUUCUCUCAUUACAAGUGAAGGACGAUUUACAUUCUCAYUAAUAUUUCCACUCAUACUAGGCAUUAUGAGUUAUAGAGCAGCCAUGCUUGCAAAAACUCAUAGAAAUUCCAUAACCCCCCUUCACUGAUUUAGUGAGAACCCUUAACAAAAUCUGUUUUAUUCUCUUUCCUUAUUUAUAUUCACUCUCUCUUUAACUACAUGUCUCUAUAUCUGAUAAGACUGGCAGGAACAAUCCUGUAUUUCACUGU